AUGUACGUUACUAUUGAAAAGGGGAGAGCUCAGCGUGAUGACUGGUCCCUAGAAACAGUCCUUCAAGGAGGAAUGGGCGUCUUAAAGAAGAGCUGCAGGGAACAAUCUGUCUGCUCCUGCAUCCUUCCAAUCCCCAGCGUGGCAACUCCCAUGAAAGGUUUGGUCUCCAACCGUGCCAGAUAUAUCUAAUCUUUCAACGUCUUCCUUGCCAAUUCAACCGAGCACCAGAGCAUGAGGGAGUUCCUGGAGACACAGCUGCCAUCUGUGAUAGCAAGUAUUGGAAAUGGGAAGUCUACAAUCAAUAUUCUCAGUGUUGGUAGUGGAGCAGGUGAGACAGAUCUGCUGAUCCUCUUCAAAGUACAAGGCAGAUAUCCAGGGGUUACCGUCAACAAUGAAGCGAUAGAGCCAAGUGGUGACCACAUCACAAUGUACAAAGAGCGUGUGGCUAAGAUGUCAGACCUUGAGAAUGUAAAGUUUACCUGGCAUAAGGAGACAUCUUACAAAUUUGAAAGUUGAAUGAAUGCAGAAAAGAAGUCUAAAAAAUGGGACUUCGUUCACAUGAUUCAGGUGCUGUAUUAUGUGAAAGACAUCCCAGGAACUAUCUGGUAUUUCCACAGCUCCCUGGAAACCCAGGUGAGGCUCCUCAUUGUUGUGGGCUCAGAAAACAGUGGCUGGAAAAGGCUGUGGAGGAAGUAUGAAACUUCCUUCUCUUUAGAAGGUCUCUGCACUUACGUUUCCUCUGAUGACAUCAAAAGGAUUCUGGAUUCAGCUGGGAUCACAGAAUCAAUCAUGAAAUAUCAGGUCCAGGAGCUCCCAUCCCACUUGGACAUAACUAGCUGCUUUACUGAGGGGAACAAGGACAGAGAGCUGUUGCUGGAUUUCCUGACAACAACUUGUGACUUUUCUAAAACUGCUCCUCCUGAACUAAAGCAUCAGGUAAUGGAAGAAUUAAGAAAGCCUGUAUGCAGUGAAGAAAGAGUUGGGAAGGUGCUUCUUAAUAACAUGAGUGCAAUAGUGCUUGAGCUAACCGUUUGUGGACCAGGUCCAUACUGGCACUGCAAAAGCAGAGCAGCUGAAGUUGAUCAAGGCACACCAGUGGCAACAGCUGUCCUGGAGAUGUGGAUUUCACUAAAGAGCCCUGAUAUGGAUAUGAAUGGUACCUAUCAUAGAUGCAUGAGUAUAUGGAUCCAGGGUGCUACUGAUUCCAGACAGCAGAAGGCAUCAUACUCCCCCAUCCUGGGCACAAUGAGCGCAGAAAAAGCGCACUUCAUGCCACGAAGAUUUAAGCCUGAUGCCUCUUUGCACUUGCACAGAGCUACAGCAGAGCCAGGCCCCAGCACUUGCAGCUUGCCAGGAAGAGUUCCUGUGCAGCGUAGGCAAGCAGUGCCUGUGCAGGCAGCGGUAUGCAGAGAGCUCCAGCGCGUCUACCUCAUAAACGCAUUGAUGUGCUUGCAUCUCCAGCAGGAGGCUCUGCUGGCACAGCGACUUGAAAAGAGGCUUCCUGCCACCGAACGCCAGGUAGAGCUUCCAGGAUCCACCAGAACCAUCUCCGUGCCCUCCCUCAUCACCCACCGGCACAAAUUUGCCCCAGAUCACGUCGGCACACAGGUCUGCACCUGCCAAACUGAUACAUAA